AACGAAAAAGUUUUUAUUUCAUUUGAUGAAAAACAUAUGCUGAAAUAUAUAAAAAUCUAACAUCUCCAAAUUACUAUAGAAUAGAAAAGAAAACCUCUUUGACUUAUGCUAACAAAAUAGGUAGUUUGACACCUUGAUUUUUCGACUAUGUGUGCAGGUCAAAUUCCUGAGGAAAUUGGUAAUCUUCUUGGUUUGGAACUGCUUAAUAUUCAAGCAAUUAAAGGCCUUAUAGGUCAAAUUCCAACUUUGAUCUUCAACAUUUCUUCUCUGAAGACCAUUGCUCUCUCCAGCAAUAGCCUAUCAGGUAGUUUGCCUAAUGAUAUUUGUCAACAUCUUCCCAAGCUUGAAGUGCUUUACCUGAGUAGGAAUGAAUUAUCUGGGAAGAUUCCAUUUGGCAUGGGCAAAUGCAACAACCUUAAAAAAUAUGCUUUUAAGUAUUUUUAGUUGAACAGUUUAGAAGGUAUGUUUUUCACUUGAAUUUUCGACUAUG